AUGUCGAUAUCGAUAUGCCUGAAGCCAAGGACAUGUUCAACCUUAAAGAACAACGCCCAAACAUCUGACGUGUACACCCUAACCAGGCUGGCGGUUCAAGGACGUGGUAGCCGCCGAGGUCUUGGUUGUGCCUCUGAACCCAGCCAGGCUGGCCGCAUGUGGCCGGCCGGCGAUCCUCAGGCCCUCCCGCAUCCCGGGAACAGCAACCACUGGGAGCACUGCAAACCUACGCCAAACCAUCCACGUGACGGCGAGGGAGAAAGAGAAGGGUAA